AUGGCGGUCGCUGGUACAUCGAAAGCUACCCCCGCCAGGUUCUCGCCCGAUACAGAGGAGGGUCAGCGAGUCGAGGAAGGGGCCCCCGUCCAGAGGCAGACUAGCUUGGCCCAGCGCCACGUCUUCAAGAUGUCCCGCGAGUCGAUCCCGCUCGACCUCGUCAAUCGCUUCGACCACCUGAAGAGCAAGGAGUGCAAGAUCCCAGGCAAGGAGCGCAUGGCCAACGAGAUAAUCAACGCAGUCGUUCCCAGGGACGCGGGCUACGGCAGCUCGAUCAAGCCCGGCGAGAUGACGCUGGGCAGGGUCGUGACGCGCGAGAAGGACAGCACCUCGGUCACUUCCCUUUCGAAGCGGAUCAUGGUCAACACUAUAUUCAAUGGAAAUUCGUCCGAGUUUGAGGCUGCGCAACAGGAUGGUGAGGCAUGGUCAGACCCAGGCGAGCCAGGCAAGUGCGCGUGCGAUGAUACUGUUGCCAGGAAGACGUCCAAGGUGACCUCGAACAAGUGGGUCGCGAAGGAGACGUUCAACCCGAAGGGUGCCAAGCUGUUCCGAGGAGGCACGGACGACGUCAUGCUCGAGGAGCUGGAGCCCCCGACCUGGAAGCCAAUGAGGACCGAGAACAAAAGCGCUCGCAAGGCGCUCCACGACGCGAGGAACGACGACGCCAUGGCCACCGUCACGCUAGCGCUCAAGCGCAUGGGGCCCGAGGUGACGAGCUACGCCAAAGCUGACGUUUCCAGGAAGCUCGCCAAGGAUACGAUGGAGUUGCUGAAGAAGGCUGCUGCUCCUGGGGAGAAGGUCGCUGAGUACCUCGUGGCGCCGAUUGGCGAGGUCACCAAACUCCAGGCGGAGGAGGCGUUGAUUGCGGCAGGGAACUGCUACGAGGAUCUCAUGGCAAUGCACUCCCAGUGCGCCAACCUGAUCAAAACGGAGAAGAGGCAGUCCAACCAGGGCGGUGGAGGCUCCAGCGGCUCCAAGCUCGCUAAGAUGAGCCCGGGGAAGUGA